GGCCCCGCCUACCCGCGCGGGGCACGCCGGGAAGGUGGCGGAGGGAGUGGGCGGGGCCAGCCGAGGCUUUAACUCCCGGCAGGCGCUGUGGUGGGGUCAGGGGUCAAGGGGUGGGGCCGGCGGGAGCGCGGCCGGCCCGCCCGGCUGCGCACAGGGCCACCCUGUGCCCUGUGUCCCCUCCUGCAGGGAUGACACCCUGGGGAACAGGCCGGCGGUGACGAUGACGGAGCCGGAGCCGCUGCCGGCGGAUGAGGACGAGGACGCCGAGGAUGAGGAGGGUGACGAAGGGGACCUGGCGGGGCGGUUCCUGCGGCUGGAGCGGGAGCAGGACGCGGAGCUGCGGGCGCUGUCGCCCUUCGGGGCGCCCGUCACGCACGUGUACCACCCCCUGCAGUACGCGUGGCGGCCCCAUCGCCGCUUCGUGCGCCGCUACCUGCGCACCCCGAAACGCGUCCUGUUCCUCGGCAUGAACCCCGGCCCCUUCGGCAUGGCCCAGACCGGGGUCCCCUUUGGCGAAGCCUGGCACGUGCGGGAGUGGCUGCGCGUCACCGGCGCGGUGACAAAACCCCCCGACGAACACCCCAAGCGCCCCGUGCUGGGGCUGAGCUGCCACCGCUCCGAGGUGAGCGGCGCCCGUUUCUGGGGGCUCAUCCGCGCCCUCUGCCCCGACCCCCGCGUCUUUUUCCGCCACUGCUUCGUCCACAACCACUGUCCCCUCCUCUUCCUCGCCGCCAGCGGCCGCAACGUCCCCCCCACCGAAUUGCCGCCCCCCGAACGCGACCGGUUGCUGGGACCGUGCGACCGGGCGCUGGCGCGAGCCGUGGGGCUGCUGGGCGUGGGGCUGGUGGUGGCCGUGGGGCGCUUCGCCGAGCGGAGGGCGCGCCGGGCGCUGGCGGGGGCGGCCGUGAGGGUGGAGGGGUUACCCCAUCCCUCCCCCCGAAAUCCCCGCGCCAACCAGGGCUGGGAGGAACUGGCCAAGGCCAGACUGGGGGAACUGGGAGUGCUGGAGUUGUUUGGGGGGCAGGGGGAGGAGGGGACUGUGCCUCAGUUACCCCAGUUGGGAGGAAAUUUGGGGCAGCUCCCAGUCUGCCCAGUUUAACACUACACUUUUUUUCCUAUAAAAUCGCCCUUUUUGGGUUUCUUAGGGUUUUUUAAGCUUUUUAACCGCGGGGUCUAGGGCGCUGUGUGCUCUUGGUGGGGGAAACUGAGUCACAAGGGGACCCCCGGGUGCUCUGUUGUAUCCACCCGUGCCUCAGUUUCCCCUGUUGACAAUAAACGCUGCAUCCCUCA